UAAUGUUAUAAUCAAAGACUUUGUCAGCCAAUAACAUUACCUGGCAUUACCUUAUCGAUAUUGAUGUGCUUUGUUCAAGAUCCAUAUAUGAUAUGAUAUUAUGUACUGUACGUAAAUGAGUGUGUAUUGAUAUUAAAGUCUAAAAAUUGUUUGUUUUCCACACACACUUUAAAAUGUUGGCAAUUUCGAGGAGCAUCCGCUCGAGCAUCCCCCUUCUUUUGGUCCUUCGACGCGGAUCAUCUAGCCCACCACCCCGCAUCCUGGCCGCCAUUGACUUUGACAAGACCAUCGUGCAGCAGGACUCCUAUCUGGCGGUGAGCCAACUCCUGCCCGCCAGUCAGAACAAGGAGCUGCAGCAGCUGAUCCCCCGUUGCGGCUGGCUGGGCUUCAUCGGCCGCGUGCUUCAGCUGCUGCACAGCGAGUACAAAGUGGACUCCGUGGCGGUGGGCAGGCGGGUGCGUCGCCUCCAGGCCGUGCCGGGCAUGCUGCGAGUCCUGCGGCGCCUGGCCAGGCAUUCCCGCGUCGAUCUGUGCAUUGUCAGCGAUGCCAACUCCUUCUUCAUCGGCGAGUGGCUGCGCGAGUAUGCCAUCGAGUGCCUCUUCGCCGGUGUCUUCACCAAUCCCGCCUGCGUUCAGGCGAGCGGCGAGCUGCUGGUGCUGCCCUACGAGGAGCAGACCGACUGCGAGCUCUGCCCCGCGAAUCUCUGCAAGGGCUCGGUGCUGGAGGAGCUCAUCUGCAGCGGACGCUACGAACGGGUCGUCUAUGUGGGCGACAGUUGCAAUGAUCUGUGCGCCAUGCGGCAGUUGCGCAGCAGGGAUGUGGCUUGCAUCCGCCGGGGAUUCGAGCUGCAUGGCAAACUGGUCGCCCAUGGAGGAGAACUAACCUGCUCGGUGCUGACUUGGCGCGAUGGCCACGAACUGGAGUCGCUACUGAUGCCCAAAAUCGUGGCUUAGUUUAGUGUAAGGCCAGGUUAUUAAUGCUGCUGUUUUAUUCGACUUAAAAAUAAAUCUUUUAGUAUGUAUACAUAAGAA